AAGAGAACUACAAGAGAAUGGUACGGGAGGACAACAUGAGAUACAUUGAACAACAUAACCUGGAGCACUUGAUGGGGAAACACACAUUCACUGUGGGAAUGAACCGGUAUGGAGAUCUGACCACUGAAGAGUUUAAUGAACUCAUGAAUGGAUUCUUCCAAGCUGAAGCUGAUAACUCAACUGAAGAAGAUGUUGAUGAAGGAGAUGAUUUUGAUGAAGAUGUUGAUGAUCUUGAAUCUGAUGAAAUUGAAGAAGGUGAUGAUGAUCUGAAAUUCGGAGCUGUCGACUGGCGUAAAUGGGGUUUGGUUACUCAAGUGAAAAGUCAGGGGGCCUGUGGCUCUUGCUGGGCUUUCAGCGUGACUGGUGCAAUCGAAGGACAGUGGGCAAAGGUCUGUAGAAGACUGGUUUCUCUGAGUGAACAGAACUUGCUUGAUUGUGACAGAAGGAACCAUGGAUGCAGUGGUGGAAAUAAAAAGCUCGCCUUUCGAUACGUGAGAAGAAAAGGUAUUGAGUCGGAAAAUACUUAUCCAUACACAGCACAGCAAGGACCCUGCAAAUUUCAGAAAAAAAAUACUGCUGCCAUAAUCGGCAGAUACAGAAAUGUACAAAGAGGUGAACAUUAUUUAGCGUGGGCUUUGAGAAAAAUUGGACCAAUCGCUGUUUCUCUUAAUGCGCAUCUAAAGUCCUUCCACUUAUAUAAAAAAGGAGUUUACGCUGAUUCAAGAUGCACCCAACGCCGAGGCCAUGCAGUGCUCUUGGUUGGAUAUGGAAGGGAGAAUGGAAUGAACUAUUGGCUGGUUAAAAACAGUUGGGGAACAGAAUGGGGUGAAGAAGGUUACAUCAAAAUAGCUAAGAAUAAGGGAAAUCUGUGUGGAAUUGCUAACCAUGCAGUCUAUCCAACCGUGAAAAGGAGAAUGUGUAAAAUCACAGUUUCAUCGGACUCCGCCUGAAAGAAUGAGGGAACCAUUUCUGCUGAUGUUGACUCAUUCGAUACCAUUGCUUUAACUGUCUGCUGCAAUUUGAAAAGUGGGAUAAUAUCAGCUUCUGCACAUUUCUAUAGCUUCACAUAAAAGGCCAAUGUCAUUGUGUGUUUGAUACAUGUAACCACAUUAAUAUGUUAGUGACUACAUUCUCCAGCUUGUGGAGAGACAAUGACCCGCAUGUACAGCUGCUGUUGAGCGAUAUAAUAAACACUGCCUGUAAUCAC